AUGGUCCGUCCCACCUCACACUCCUUCUCGCUGCAACGGCCGCUCCUCGCCCAGGAUGUGAAAAAGACCCGUAACUCAAAACGGCUUUCGCUGCUCGUCCCUCCUUCCCCUGGAAAGCUCGAGUCGCUCGCAGCCAUGGCCUCUGCCUCGUCCCCUUCCUUCCCCCCAACUUCUUCCCUGUCCUCAAGGCGCCUCUUCACCCCCGCCCCCCUGUCUUCUGCCUUGUCCCAUUCCCACUCCUCCACAAUUACUAUCGGCUCCUCAUCAGCCGCCCCCAUCACUACUACUACCGCUUCUUCCACAACAGACUCAAGGCGACAUAGUCAACUCUUGCUCGACCAGGCCCUGCCUACUCCUCGGCUACCCCUUUCGACCAACCUUUCAUCAACCCACCGACCCAUCUCGGCUUACUUUGCCGACUUUAGCGCUGAGUGUGGAGCUGCCUCGCCUUACACCUCCGAGCCUGUCUGUGUUCUCCCUCACCUCUACCUGGGAGCUGAACAUAACGCCACAGACGUCAAGGUGCUGUCGCGUCUGGGGAUCACUGCUGUCCUCAACGUCGCCGUCGAAAUCACUCAACAGGAGCAACAACAGCAGCAGCAGCAGCAGCAACUGCUACCACUCCCCACCGCACGGCACUCCAUCAUCGGUGGAAACGGGGAUAGGGUUGUCCUGGAUCCUCAUUCGGGCAACUCUAUCCACUACAAGUCUCUCUCCUGGACUCACCACCAACGAAACCUCCGGAGCGAGUUCCCCCAAGCGUUUGACUAUAUCGAGGAGGCUAAGACGAGGGGAGGGAAGGUGUUGGUGCAUUGUCAAUUGGGCGUCUCUCGAUCGGCCUCGCUUGUGAUCGCCUAUGUGAUGAAGACGCUCCAUAUGGGCUUGACGGACGCCUAUGAGCUGGUCAAGGCCCGCUCAGCCGUCAUCUCGCCCAACAUGAGUCUUAUGUACCAGCUGUCCGAGUUUGAAAAGUCUCUGAACACCAACAACAGCAACAACAGCAGCAAUAUGAAGAAGAGUCCGAUGUAUAUGGAUGAGGACGAGGAAGAGUACCCUUACCCCACCGAGAAUAUGGAUCUCGACACCCCAGCACAGUCGCCCAUUGCAGCAACACCAAGAGCACCCGUGAAGGUGUUGCCCCCGGUCACGACCCGUCCUCGGUCGUCCAUUUAUUUGUCCUCGGCCCCUAUUCCCCAAACUCCCAUGACCGACCGGUUCUCAUUCUCAAACUCUUCUGUAAUUACCCCUGUUACUGCUGCCCCUUCCUCUGUUUCAGCUCCUAUGACGAUGGGUCCAGUCCCUAAAACAAGGCUUCAGUUGCAGUCUACUACUAUCAUGCCUAAGCACCAGCAGCACCAACAACACCAGCAGCACCAGUCAUCAUCGUCAGGUUUGCCACCGAUUCAGCGAUACCCUGAGGGUGUGUCGAUCCAUACUCACUCUCGAGAGUUUAAGACCCCCGAAAUGGUCUACACCCCUCUCUCGGCCCUGUUGAACCCUCCUGUCCCCUCAACACCAACCAGACUCUCUCCUCCCAUGCCUGCCUUUGCGACAGCCCCCUCGGGUAUCGGUUCCAGACGUCAACAUCAGCAGCAGUUGCCUCCCGCCUUGUCCCUCUCGUCGUCCUCAUCCUCGGUCUCUUCAUUCGCAACCUCGAGCCACUCAAGACCCUCAUCGACAUCCUCUGCUUCCUCGACAUCCAUCUCGCAGACUCUUCCCGACUCGCCCCUCCAACCGACUACCCCUCGCUCUGCAGGCUACAAGCUCACACUGGCUCCUGUGACUCCUACAAAGCCAUCUACUCCCAUUGCACCCGUGGCGGUGGUGGCUCCUUCGCCCACUACGCCUAGAUUUGGGAUCAGAAGAAAGAGCUCGACGUCUUCCUUGCUGAUGAUGAUGAUGCCUCCUUCGACGCCUACCACUCCUUCGACACCCACAGGAACAGGACACACAAAGACCAAGAAGGCGGCUGUCAUCCAGUCCUUGGCUUCGGCCUUGACCCGUCGUUGGUCUAAUCACUUGGGUUCUCCUUCUUCCCCUUCCUCCUCUUCGUCUGCCUCUGCAUCCCAACAGUCGCAACAACAAGGGUCGAGCCGCAACCAAAUCGAGUGCCUCUCAUCCAUGUCCCACCAGAGCAACAGCAGCACCGGAUCCGGUAGCGAUAUGAUGAUUGAUGGACAGUCACAAGUGCAAAUGCGCGAGAUGGGGUGCAAUGUCCCACCCACCCCUACUACGGCAACGACUCCUGCUACGACGGCCACGAAGACCACCAAUGGUGGAAAGGAGCCAGAGUUUAUCUUUUCUCCACGACCUUGUUCCCCGCCUCUGUUGGAGACAGCUCCCCGGACGUUUGGAGAUCUCUAUCAGGCCUUACGCAUGGAGGGGAUGAAGUAG